AUGCCAAUCGAUAAAUCGUGGCCCGGAUACGCCAAAGGCCAAAUACCGGAUUUAGGGAUCGAUUGGGCAUGGCAAGACGCCCUACCAGCCGACGAACCAAAUCGAGACCCUCUCGUGGCUUACAUACCCUUGGGUUACGAGAAAAAGACUCUCCCCAGAGGCUGGCAGAAGACAUCAGAAAACAAAGCACUCGAACUCGACAUCAUCUUUGAGAAAGACGUCGAGAUCAUUCUAAGGGAUGGCGUCAAAAUCUACACCGACAUUUAUCGUCCAGCCGACACGGGAGGAAAGAAGAUUCCUGUAAUCGUGGCCUACUCGCCAUACGGCAAGGGAGGUGCAGGAGCAAAUCUAAUGGAUGUUGUUCCAUAUCGAGUGGGAGUGCCGAAAAACCGCCAGAGCGGUCUAGAGAAAUUUGAAGGGUCAGCGAGCAAAAUCCCGCCUCUGAACUUUGGCCCCGACCCUAAUGAGUGGUGCCGGCGCGGCUACGCAAUUCUGGACCCUAACGCAAGAGGAUCAUUCGACUCGGAAGGCGAUUUGUAUUUCUUCGGCCCUAAAGACGGCGAAGAUUGCCAUGAUAUCAUUGAAUAUGCAGCCAAGCUAGAUUGGUGCAAUGGUGCAGUGGGUAUGGCGGGAAACUCAUGGUUAGGGAUUUCGCAGUACUGGGCUGCCAUGACUCAACCACCCCAUCUAAAAGCAAUUGCUCCCUGGGAAGGCUACAGCGAUCUCUAUCGUGACAUGAUGAGGCGCGGUGGGAUUCCUUGGGCUCCCUUCCUGAAAUGGGUUCUCUUAGGCGUACCAGGCCGGGGUAGGCAAGAGGAUGUGCCAACCAUGGCCUUUCAGCAUGAAUUCUUUGACAAGUACUGGGAGAAUAAACGCGUCGACUUUUCCAAAAUCAACAUUCCGUCCUACUUUCUCGGCUCGUAUUCCUCAAUGCUACAUACAGUAGGAGCUGUAAGGGCGUGGCGAGACACGAAUACGGAUAAGAAAUGGCUCCGAUUCCACCCGCAUCAAGAGUGGUACGAAGACUAUUAUCAUUCUUCCGUCGAGGAUCUGGACCGCUUUUUCGCAAGGUAUCUUAAGGGAGAAGAGAACGGCUGGGAAGCGACUCCAAAAGUGCGCGUGUCGCUGUACCGCUAUGGAGACAAAUAUCCUGUCUACGAUCAGGCUGAAGUCGAUUAUCCGAUUCCUCGAACUAAGUACACCAAACUAUUUCUUACUCCAGACCAUAGGUUGACGGAUAGAUCUAACAAGUUAGACGCGGGCUCGACAGCCGUCCACUCCUACGACUCUACGACUCGUGAUAUGCUUACCUAUGACUAUACAUUCAGAGAGAAGACAACCCUAGCUGGAUUCUCGAUGCUUCGGAUAUUUGUGUCAUGCAAGGAGCACAACGACCUCGAUAUUUACGUAAUGCUGCGUAAAAUUUCAGUUGAUGGAGAGCUUAUGGAGCAGUCCAACGUCCCAUUACACGAACUGCCACAAGAGGUAAAGAGCGUUAAGGACAUGAAGAAUGUUAAUCCGGUCAAAUACUUGGGCCCGACGGGUAUGCUCCGAGCUUCACACCGCGAAAUAGAUCCUAAGAAAUCGACCGAUUACUGGCCUUUCCACCCUCAUCUUCGAACACAAUAUCUCGAACCUCUGGGAGCCGUGGUCGAGUUGAAUAUUGGUAUCUGGCCGAUGGGAGUAGUUUAUGACAAGGGCGAGGGCCUGCGGCUUCAGAUCUCGGGCAAGACGAUGGCACUUCCAGAAUGGGACAAUCCGCAUGUCAAGCUCCAAGAGCCUGUCUUCAACAAAGGCAUGCACAAUGUUCAUCUGGGUAGCGACUUUGCCACCGAGAGUUAUCUUCUCGUGCCUAGGCUAUAA